AGCAGCAGUGGCCGCUCUCAGCCUAGAUAUGCCAUUCCGCUUCCAAAGCUCGACGCUUAUUUAUCGGGAGCUUGUUCCUCUAUUGACCUUCUGCCCCACGUGUCGGUGCGAUUUUUGUGUCGUGGAACUCGGAAGCUCCGGCGUCGGUGCUUCGGUUCUUCACAGGAUUUGGGAAUUUGGAGGUACGCGAAUUGACUAGAUGCAGUGCUGGUUGGGGGAUGGGAGUGUUGGGAGUGGUAGCUCAUGGGCACUUCAACCUUCUGACCGCUUGAAGCACCAUGUGGACAUCUGAUGGUUCACUUGACGUUUCAAGAGUCUUGCGGGUACGUUCUGGCUUAAGCUUGUAGGGUUGUUUGGAGGUGGUUUGAGACAGCAAUCGCCAUCUGAGGUCGAGUUGGGGAACAGGAUGGAAGCAGAGUCGGAGAGCAGUGGGCUUCGAACUCGGUCCCGUCUAUCAUUGAUGCGUUUAGAUAAACGCCUGAACUGUCGUCACAGGGUACGAUGCAGACUAGGUUCAUGUAGCCCGUUCUGCGGCUGGCAUUAUCAUGCUGUUUGACCACCGAGUAGUCGACUCUUCCGGGUAGUAUUGUCGUAGCACCCGAAGCAUGGAGUUCUCUGAGUAGAAAGGGCUAGCUAGAGGGUCGAUCGAUUUCUAGUGUUCUCCGGGCUUAAUCUGGUGCCGUCGUGGCAUCCUGACCAUACUUCCUUUCCUCUCCCUCCCCCUCCCCCGGAAGGACCCUCCUCAACCAGGAAACAAGUACCUUUGCAAGUACAUUUCCAGUUUUUUUUUUUUUAGCAUGCAGCAGAUAGAGAGACUCAAUAGCGGUGCUAGAAAGCCAAGUUUAAAACAUACAAUGUCAUGAGCUGAGCGUCGUCACUGCCAGGUUCACGGAAUUUGAGGAGGUGACGUUGCUUGGCAUUGACGUGGCUAUUUUGCUCGCCACAAUUCACCCAACAGAACUCUAUCGACAGCCUCAGCAGUCAACCCAGCGUAAUACCUUCCAAUAGCCGAAGCAUUUGAGGGAUCCAGGGCUUGCACAUGCAAGUCAAGGAUUCAGGUCGUUUAACCCGAAAUUGUGCGUCUUCUCAGACAGUGUACUUCUGAAGUGGUUCGUUGUAGAAGUCCGGCUAAUGCUGGAUUUAAACCCCUCCUUGAGCUUACGAAUAAGUACCUCUUGGAAAAGUUGUUCCAACCGAUUUUCCCACAUCUUCAGCUCACGAGUAGGUGCUCGGAGGGAAUAAGAUUUAAUUGUUCCAUUACGAUCUGGUCUUUGUGCCCUCCCUUCAUGCCCGGCUGAGGAUUCUGCGCAACAAGGAGAAUUGGACACGAAGGAUGGUACAGUGCCUUAGACGUGGAUUGCAAUGAUAUUUGAAGUGCCGAAGUUCCGAAACUUCUUAUGGCGUGGAUAGAGAUAGCUGGUAUUCCCAACACGGAAGAAGAGAAUAAACCCGAUGUCAGUAGCUAUAGUUCAAAGGAGCGUCAAUGGCCUCCACGAAUUUAUUUCAUGAUGCAGAAGGUGAUGACGUGAGGUUGGUGGCGAGUCAUUCGAUACCAGAUACUCAUUCAGCAGUACUGUGUGGGGAGAGAGACAGAGUGACUAAACAGAAUCUAAACGUGCUGAUUGGGCGUCGAUGUACCCCAUGCAGAAAUUGGAACGGGUUGGCCAUCUUUAUCUGCAGAUCCUGGGAUGCAAUUGUUUGUGCCACCCUUGCGCAUGCGAGUUCAUAGUCAUAAUUUCAGCAGACCGCAGUUGUCUCUUCGAUUCCCCGGCGGCCUUCAUGAAAUGCUUGGCUCUGUCGGUUCAAACGCAUCCGCCUCGAGUGAGCCAGUGCCUGAAGUCUCCAGCCCCCACCGAACCUAUGGUUACGUGGAUUGUUCUAAUUCUUUAGGUGGACUCAUGCUACUGCGCGACAUUUUAGUCGAUACCGCUCAAUACAUUUCCCAAUGUGACUGGGAGCGCGCUCGCCCCCUCCUUCAAGUGCUGCGUCGACAAGUAUCGUCUACUGGAGAUUCUUCGGAGCGCGUCGCUUCUUGCUUCUUCGAAGCCCUUGCCACCCGCUUCUCCAGAGUCUCAGGCACCGAGAUCAACGAGUUGUUAUCAUCGCCAACACAAGAGCCCAGCAGCGAGGAAAUCCUUUCAGCCUUCUUAGCGCUCAAUCAAGUUACGCCAUUCAUGCGUUUUGCUCAUUUAACUGCUAACCAAGCACUGCUUGAGGCUCUCACUGGCGAGGACUUUGUUCACAUUGUGGACUUGGACAUUGGACAUGGUGUUCAGUGGCCACCAUUCAUGCAAGCUCUGGCCGAUAUACGAGGCGAGGAGGGGCACACCAUCCAGCACCUGCGUAUCACUGGUGUAGGAAAGGACAGAGAAAUGCUGGAUCGGACGGGGACACGGCUUGCGGAAUUUGCCCAGUCCAUACAACUUCCAUUCGAAUUUACCCCUUUGGUACAAGCCCCUGAGAAUCUAAUUCCCAGCAUGUUUGGCUUAAGAAUAGGCGAAGCUGUUGCCUUUAACUGCAUGCUCCAGCUGCACCAGUUGCUGGCAAAGGGUUCAGAAAAGCUUACUUCCUUCCUGUAUAUGUUGGAGUCUCUCACACCUAGAGUUGUCACUCUUGCGGAGCUUGAAGCAAGCCACAAUCAACCUCAUUUCCUAGACCGGUUCGCGGAGGCUCUUAACCAUUAUUCCACUCUGUUCGACAGCCUGGAUGCGACGUUGCCUCCGACUAGCCCUGAGCGAAUCAGAGUUGAACAGACGUGGUAUAAAAUGGAGAUUAUCAACAUCGUUGCAUGUGAUGGGACGGAGCGCACAGUUAGACACCAGCGAUGUGAGCAGUGGCGCAGAUUCUUCGAGAGAGCUGGGUUUCAGUUGCUGCCGACAAGCAGGUUUGCGACGUCACAAGCUAGACUACUUCUACGACUUCAUUACCCUUGCGAUGGUUAUCGGCUUGUGGAGGACGUUGAGGACGGGUGCUUAUUGUUGGGUUGGCAAGAUCGUCCACUAUUUUGUGUCUCCUCUUGGCAUCCAAGUAACAUGUGAGUCUCUAGUAUUGACCUUCAGUUCAAUCGACUGGCAGUUCCAACUCCAGUUUUGACCCCGAUUUUUGGAGGAUGUUGCUGCCUCUGUUAGAUUUUAGGGAGGCGUUACAGUAAAUCUUUAAGGGUAGCCUAGUGUAGACACGCCUGGUUCAUUUACCUGGUCGGCUCAAGGUUGGCAGUUAAGCUCGUCCGGCAGUAAGACUUAGGAAUGCCUCCGGAAGACUAAAUAGUUCUUACAACAGGGGGUACAUAAAUUUCAUUCUUUUAUUUGAUGCAUCAGCUCCUUCGAUUAGCUUCACAUUUUUAUUGUGGCUUUGAAGUUAGGAUGGAAGAGAUCAAGUUGGAACUUGUGUAUCUACACACUCUCAUGUCAACGGCGUUAAUCCAACUUUAACAGAAUGUGGUAAUUCUCUGCA